CAUUUAAUUGUGGACUCUGGCUGGCACACACAGAAUCACAGUGCCACUCUCACAGCCUCCUGCUGAAGAGCUAUUACUUUGGCUGUGUUUGUAAACCUGCGUUUGGCUUCUCAGUGUACACUACGAGGAUUACGACUCGUUUACGGUGACUUUUUACAGUAUAAACAGGGAAGAAGAUCAACAGGAUUCUCAAUGGAGUUUCUACAGCUCUGUGUCUCUUGCUGAGCAACUCUUGAGGCUCUUUUAAGAAUUUUAACAGACAGUUUUCUGCAAAUAAGUUUCUAUUGUCAGGAAUAAAUGAUCACCUCAACUAGACGAGUGUCUGCAGAUAAACCUGAAGUACAAAUCGCUUUCAGCCUUGACGAAACCUCAGAGUUGAAAGAUGCAGAGGAUCCCCUUCCAUCAUUCCCUGACCUUGAGCAACGCCUGCAGCCGGUGCUGCCAUGUCGGUCUCUAAAGGAGUCCAUUGAAGUGUACAAAAACCACUGCAAGAUGGCCAAUGAGUUCAACCAAGUCAAACAUGAAAUCGCCAGGCUGGAAGACAGAAAGAGGGAGCUCAUGGCAGAGCUGCUAGAGGACGAAAAGGUGUCGAUGGAGUUCGCGCAACUUGAGGAAGAAUACAGGAUACUUACAGAAGAGAACCGAAAUCUGAUAACGGUCCAUAGCCAACGCGCACAGCAGCUAGAGACGCUCCGAGUGAUCAGUCAAAAGAGGCAGGGCUCCUCGUGACCUUUGACUCCAAUGCGAAAGAUCUUUUACCUCUGGGUCUUUACUACUCAGCGUUUCUUCAGUGCUUGUGUAAUGUACUGAAGCAGAAAACUGAUCUUGAAUCAGUGUGCUUAGACUGAGACACUUAAUCAAUGUAUAUUUAAUAUAUUUUAAGCUGAUAUGGGUUUAUUUCAGAGCAGAUGCUCUUGUGACACAAACUUGAGCUUUGAGGUCGCCUCAGUCAUAUAUGCCUGACAUCGCAUUCUGAAUAUAUACUAUUUUUUUUUCUUCUUUGUGUGUUUUAAGGGCGUUAUACUGUACAGUGUACUAUACUGUACACUCUGUACAGAUGAAAUGCUCUGCUGUGAAAGUGUAACUGUUACUCUCAGUAAAGCUUUUCACUGUUUACGGUUUGCCAGUUGCAUAAAAAAGGAAUUAAGGAAUUACAUUUCUGUUCAGCUAUUUGAGUUCAAGCUAGGUGAUGAUAAACGUAUGACUACACACCAUUGUUUAGUCACUCAGCAAAAGGGAACUUGGCUUUCGAAAUGUGAUCUGCUCAUUUUAGGAUUGUGAAACCUUUCCAAAAUAUCAAUGGCUGACACCCCCCUCCCACACAGCUGAAAUACCAGAGGUGUAUGUCCACAAACCAGUUUAGCAGCAUGAAAUGUUUGCUUCCUCCAGAUUUAGAGUUUAUUUAGUCUAGAGUUAGUUAGCGCUAGUUUCCUUUUCUUUAUCAGAGUUAUGAUUGUGAAUGUUAAAAAUGAAAUGGCGUGUGAUUGUUUUCGACAUUUAGACUCAAGUGAGUAGCAUUUACAGUGUUUACACACAUCAAAACUGCUCCUAGGGUGCCGCAGCAUUAUGGCUGCCCUCUGCUCCGGUUGUGUGUUCACUUUUGUGUGUGUGCGCACUUGGAUGGGUUAAAUGCAGAGCACAAAUUCUGAUUAUGGGUCUCCAUACUUGGCCACACUUCACUUUUUUUCCCCCAUUAUUAUAACUCACAACUUAUAACUAUUAUAAUAUUAAAUUAAAGAUUUUAAGCAUUAUUCUUUUUUAAUGUUUUUUUAAGUAGACACAACGUGUGCUUGUGUCUGGCUACACUGGUGAGAAUAAAUAGACCCGAAUAGUAUUAUAUUCCAUGUACUCUAGUCUAAAUAUUCAGUAUAGUGAAUAUUCCAUAAUUAUCUCGCUAUUGUUUGUAAAGUUUCCCAACUUGGGACUGAGGAGGUUAAAUUAUGUAUCUGUCAACCUGUACA